AUGCCUUCCUUCACAAGCAGGCGCCAUACGCCGGACCGAUUCCGGUCCCUCUCCAAGCCGGAGGACGACCUGAUGGAGGACAUCCACCAGACCGGCCCGGGCGCCAAAUAUCCGUCCUCCUCCCUCGCCCUGGGUCCCUCAGACGGCUCCCUGCUCGAUUACUUCGACCUGCCCUCCCCGCCCAGCACGCCCCACCGGCCAACCCACAACCUGAGCUACUCCUCCCUCAACAGCUUCCCCAGCCCCUCCACCAGCCCGGGCCUCGCCGCCCGCUCCCCCGGCACCCUCAGCCGCAGCAGCAGCACCAGCUCCAGCCGCAACACCACCCCGACCUCCAGCCCGCCCACCUCCGCCCUGCCCCGCUGGCCCUCCGCCUCCCAGCGCAUCCACCGCCUGCCCACCCGGCCCCGGUCGCGGAGCACCUCGUCCGCCUCGUCCGCCUCGUCGGCGGGCUCCGGGGCGUCGGCGCCGGCCCUGGGCGACAUCGAGAUGACGGGCAUGCCGCCGGCGCCGCCGCUGAUCCGCUCGGCCCGCCGCACCCCCUACUACCCGCCUAAUGCUUCGCGUAAUGCGGAUCGUGCGCGGGUGUACAUGAACCGCGGGCCGCACUAUGUCCCGAACUGGACGCCGUUGAGCAGUCUGCCGAGGCACGUGCAGUUGCAGAUUGAGGAGAGGAUGACGAGGUUUACGGCUAUGUAA